UACAUUACCAUUGCAAACUUAUAGAGAAAAGUAAAGAAAAUGGAAUUCCAAAAAAUAUAUAAUGUUCUUUUAUUGGGUGAAACAGGUGUUGGGAAGUCAACAUUUAUAAACACCGUUUUAAAUUACAUCGCUUAUAAUGAAUUAUCGGAUAUAAAACAAUUAAAAUAUUCCAUCGGGGUAAGAUUUACAGUAAUGGAUGACGAUUUUACAGAACGAACGAUUGUGGUUGAUCAUGAUAGUAAUGAAGAGCAUCAAGUGGGAAAAUCGGCAACGAAACGACCACAAAUGCAUCGUAUUGAUUUACAAGAUGGUUCAAUUUUAAAUAUAAUCGAUACUCCCGGAUUAGGAGAUACCCAAGGUAUUGAGACCGAUUACAAAAACGUCGAAAAAGUUUUAGAAUUUAUAUCAGAAAUGGAAUAUUUACACGGAAUUUGUAUAAUGAUGAAGCCGAAUAAUUCACGAUUAAGCGUGAUUUUUGAGUAUUGUAUCAAAACUAUUUUGGGUCAAUUGGAUGAAAACAUUCGUAAAAACGUUAUUUUCAUAUUUUCAAAUGGGCGGUCGAGUUUUUAUACACCAGGUGAUACUCAAAUACCUUUAGAAAAAGUUUUAAAAUCGGUGGAUAUAACCAGAAGGAAUCCCGUUCCUUUUGAUUAUCAAAAUACUUUUUGCAUUGAAAGUGAUUGGUUUAGGUAUAUUGCUGCGAAAUCAGCCCAAGUUAAAUUUGCUCAUAAUCAAGUUUCUAAUUUUGAGGAUAGUUUUAAAAAAUCAUCUGAAGAAGUUAAAAGAAUGAUAAAAUAUAUUAAAUCAGCACCGCCACGACAAAUCAAAGGAUUAUUAUCGGUUAACGAGGCUAAACGUUUAAUACGUCGAUUAUCGUCAACAAUCGCUUCUUGUUUAACUACGCAAAGAAAAAACUGGAUACGACUUAAUACCGCUACCAUAAAAACCGAAGUCAUUUCAAGUACAAAAAAACAGUUAGAAGACGAGUUAAUGGUUGAUGUAAAAGUACCAGCAGAACAAUUAACCAGAGUAAGCACCCAUCAAACUACAACAACAACAAAAAUUGGUGGAUUUCUGGGUGUUAAUUACAAUGAAGAUAUAAGUACAGAAUUUAAUGAACGAGAUACGACAAAUACGGUCGUUUUAGAAAAAAAAGUUGAAGAUCCGGAUGUGAAAGCCAAAUUGAGCGAAAAUGAAAGACAUCUCAACAAAGCAAAACAAGAACGCGAAGACAUUGAAACCGAAAUUAAAGAUUUAGAUGACGAGUUUGCUACUUUAUUACACGCAUCGGCGCAAUUUUACCAAUUUUUAAAAGAAAAUGUUCCAUUUAAUACUUUAGAUGAAGUUCAAGUUUAUCUUGAGAAAAUGAAAAAAGAGAGCGAAAUCCUAAACGAUAAUGAUGAUGUUAAUAUGUACAAAUCUAUUUUGAAAAAGUAUAAAGCUAAAAAAGCAUCGAUUUAUGCCGUUAGAUUGGAAGAGAUUGACGAAACUAUAAAAAAUAUGCUUAAUUUAAAAUAUUCGGGGCCUAUAUUGAAACAAAAAUUGGAAAUUGAUGGCGAGAAAAAAACAGAAAUCAAGUCGGGAGAAGAAAGUGUUAAUAUCGAUAAUGCUAAGCCGCAGUCACAAGUAAAAUUGAAAACUGUUGAUGUAAUCGAACCAAAAACUGGGCAAGAUUUAAAGAAUGGUGAUGAUAACAAAAAUAUCAAAAAUUUAUAAAGGAUCUGAAUUAUACUAAAGGAUAUGUAUCAAACGUAAUAUACAUUCUGGUGUUGUUUUUAUCUGUAAUUUUGAAAAUAAAUGUAUAAAUAUAUACUGUAUAAAAAUGA